CAAGAACGAUGUGAACAUCUGAACCCCCUCCUUUCCUUUGCUUUGCUUAGGAGUCAAUGUACCCAACAGUCAAAAACGCAGAGAAGCAAAAAGCUCUGCACCUCCACCACUCCACUUCUCCACCCACAUCAUGAACAACACCCACACCCCAAUCCCCAUUUCCAUUUCAAGAUUCCACCUUUUACUCCUCCUCUCACUUUUACUCUCACUCUCUUCUUCUUCUUCUUCUUCAUCCUCAUUGCUCAAAAAGCCACCCCCUCUUCCAAUUCUACCCCUCCCCUCAGCUCCCCAGCUCCAAUGGCAACUCGGCCACAUGGCCAUGUUCCUCCACUUCGGACCCAACACCUUCACCAACUCCGAAUGGGGCACCGGCCACGCUGACCCCUCCAUCUUCAACCCCAAAAACCUCAACGCCACCCAGUGGGUCAAAGUCGCCAAAGACUCUGGCUUUUCGCGCGUGAUCCUCACCGCCAAACACCACGAUGGCUUCUGCUUGUGGCCCACCGAGUACACCAACUACUCGGUCAGCUCCAGCCCCUGGAGGAGCGGCGGUGGUGACGUGGUGGGUGAGCUCGCUGAGGCUGCUAGGGACGCCGGUAUUGGACUGGGGCUUUACCUUUCGCCUUGGGAUCGGCACGAGCCGUGUUAUGGGAAGACUUUGGAGUAUAAUCAAUUCUAUAUGGCCCAAAUGACAGAGCUCCUCACAAGGUAUGGAGAUAUCAAGGAAGUAUGGUUGGAUGGUGCAAAAGGGGAAGGGGAGAAGGAUAUGGAAUAUUUCUUUGAUUCUUGGUUCAGUCUGAUUCAUCAACACCAGCCAGGCGCUGUCAUUUUCUCUGAUGCUGGUCCCGACACCAGGUGGGUUGGCGACGAAGCUGGUGUUGCUGGGUCUACUUGUUGGUCUCUUUUCAAUAGGAGUUCUGCCAAGAUUGGUGACACUGAUUUCGAAUAUUCAAGAGGAGGUGACCCACUUGGUCAUGAUUGGGUACCAGCUGAGUGUGACGUCUCAAUUCGUCCUGGUUGGUUUUGGCAUUCAUCAGAAGUUCCAAAAUCUGCAAGGACUCUGCUUGAACUAUACUACAAAUCAGUUGGUAGGAACUGUCUCUUGUUACUAAAUGUACCCCCAAACUCUUCUGGUCUCAUAUCAGCAGAAGACAUUCAAGUGCUUAAAGAAUUCAGUGAGCUCCGAAGAUCUAUAUUCUCACAGAAUCUAGCUAUGGAUGCCAUUAUUCGUGCGAGCAGUACACGAGGAAGCACCAAUAAUUCUUGGUUCAAUGCCUAUAAUGUCGUGGAAGAAGGUUUUCAUUCCUAUUGGGCACCUGAUGAGAAUCAGUCUAAUUGGGUUUUAUACUUCGAUCUUCAAGAACUAGUAUCAUUCAACAUUCUUCAAGUUGAAGAGCCAAUUCACAUGGGACAGCGGGUUAUUGAGUUCCAUCUUGAGAUCUUGAAUGCAGGUGGCAAGUGGAAUAAAGUAACUAAUGGAACCACUGUGGGAUAUCGGAGGCUUUUGCAAUUUCAAACAGUUAAGUCUCGAAACUUGAGGUUUGUUAUUGACAAGUCCCGGGCAGACCCACUGAUAUCCUAUCUGGGUAUAUAUAUGGAUCCAUUUUCCAUUUUAAGCAACAUAUCUCACACAACCACACAGACAGGCAUCAAUAGCAGUCAAAUAAUUCACCAUAUUGAAUUCAACCAUUCUCAAAUUGCUGUUUUGUAGGUUACAGGCUACAUUCAAUUGCAUAUAAAGGUACUGCCAUUAAUCAUUUUCAUUGUUUUCUCGCGAUCUUAUUUUUUACUGAAUGUAGAUUCCAGUGUGGAAAUACCGAAAUACUGCUCUUGUGAAUAUUUGAAGAAAUAGUUUACUCAACAUUUACAAGAUUGUGAAA